AAUACGAUAAUGAUAAGUUAGGUUCAAGGAUUAAAAUAGUACCUCAUUUUAACACAAAACAAUUUUUAUUUUUGUUAAAAUAUCCAGUUCAAAUUUAGCAAUACUAGUAGUAAUAAUCAUUAAGUUAUUUAAUGUUAAGUGCUAUCAAUUUUUUUUUGAAAAUUUAAUUUUUUUUAAUCUACUGAAAACAUGCCUCAUUUCCGUUUGGAAACUAAUGUAUCAAAAUCUAAAGUGACACCUGAGUUGUUGAAAAAAAUAUCUAAAGCUGUUGCACAAACACUUGGGAAACCAGAAUCAUAUGUAGCUAUUACUGUAGUACCAGAUCAACUUAUGACUUGGGGUGGAACUGAUGAGCCGUGUGGAACAGCCACUCUUAUGAGUAUCGGUUGUUUAGGAGUUGCAGAAAAUAAAAAACAUGCUGCUGUACUUUAUCCAUUAUUGGAAAAAGAAUUAGGCAUACUGGGAAAUAGAUUAUAUAUAACAUUUUUAGAUCAAAGUACAUCAUCAGUUGGUUAUACUGGAACUACAUUUCAUUCACUCUUUGGUUAAUAGUUUUAAAAUAAAUAACUGUAUGCAACAAAAUUAUUACAAUGAUUUGUAUAAAAUAAUAUUCUGUUUUAACAUUUUCUAGCCUAAAAUUUGAAAUAUAUUUAUAAAUAUCAUACAAAUUAAA